CCUAGCAUACAGUCUAACCUGAAAAUGGACGUGAUACCCUCGUGGGAUGGCGACCGCAAGACCGCUGUCAACUACGUCUGGUCUUUCUUUGAGAUCGCCAACAGCGGCGGGAACCUGCGGCAAUCGGUCGCUCAUUGGGCCUGGCUGCGCUUCGAGAAGAACUCGCCGGUGAUGCUUUGGUUCUUGACGUUGUCGGAGGGCACCAAGCUUUACAUGAAAAGUGACGCGUACAAUUUCAUUGAUAUCAUUAAGCAGCAAUACCUAGGCGCGCAAUGGAUGAAAGACAUGGCUGUUGACUUCCAGCUGCAAUCUUUCCGUGAGCCUAAGCACCGUCACGAGUCGCCAUCCAGCUUCAUCAAUCGUCGCAUCCUAGAUGCUCGCUCGCUCGGGUUUGCAGUCGAGAACACAGUUGAGGAGGUUAAGCUCCUGCUGAGUGUCGCUCCAGCCGACUGGGACACUAAGCUCGUUCCCUCGACCAUAGGCUCGACCAACGAACUCAAAGCGCGAGUCAUUCAACACGAAAGGUCUCUC